AUGAAGAUUGUUUCUCCCUUUGGCAAUAUCGUUACCACCGGUAUCAUCACGACACUAUUGAUGGCCACAUCAUGCAGUGCUUCUGUGUGCCUUACCCUGAAUGUUCCAGAUGAUUCCUCCUUCUUUAAAGGAUCUACUUCACCUCCAGCUGGGGCCACGGACGUUGUAUGUGAUGUUACAUGCACCUCUGCUACAAACCUCAGAAUUCUACUGGAACCGACUCCAGGCACAAUUGGGGAUUCUACGUUCUCUUGUGGGACCACCCUUUCCUACACUACAUCCUCAAGUGUAGAGAUUAAACAUUUGGCAGACGCCAACACGGGUAUGGUCAUUACAUGCAAUUGCCUUGAUCUCAGUACUCCUGUUCCUGUUCCCACUUCUGCUCCUGCUCCCACGCCUCCUGCUUCCGCUUGUUUUUCAAAGCAAGCCACUGUCACAACUCUACAUGUAGAACAACCACAAACGACCAAAAUGGUGGAACUCAAGAUCGGAGACAUGGUCUUAACAGCCAACAACCGGUACCAACCUAUCUAUGCAUUUGCCCACAACGAUGCCACAACUGCGACCAAAUUCCUCCAGAUCCAUAACACAAACAACAAGAACCCAUUGGAAGCCACUGGUCAACAUUUGGUCUAUGUGCAGGGGGAGGAUGCCCCUGUCACAGCCAAAUCCAUCAAGGUCGGUGAUACUCUCCCCCAGGCUCAAGCUGGACACGGACAAGGAGGAGCGGCCAUUGUCACCAAGAUUGAUACUGUACAGCGCCAUGGAAUCUAUGCUCCAUUGACCCAGGAUGGCACCCUUGUGGUGGAUGGCAUUGCAUCCUCUUGCUAUAUUUCCCUCCAACCCAAUGGCAAUCCCAAAACUAUGGAACUGCAAGGCCAUUCCACAUCCAUGUUGUCACACCACAAUGUUGCCCACAUGCUCAUGACUCUGCCUCGUUUGGUUUGCAUGGGUGGGAUAAACCCCAGAAUGUGCCAGACAUACAACAACAAUGGUGUGGCUCUCUUUGUGCAGAUGGCCUUUGAUUUGGCCCACUGGUUCCAUGCCCAACACUGGGUGGUUCAGAUCUUCCUAUUGGCUGUCUACUUGGUUGUCUUGUGCCCCCUCUAUGCCUUGGAGCUCUUGUUCGGUGCCAAGCUGGCUGCUGCUAUGGUUGUUGGUGGGCUGGUCUUGGUGGGUUUUGUCCGUGGAAAUGCUCCUGCUGUGGACCCAGUGGAUGUCAAGAAAGAAGCUUGA